GCAAAACGUCAAUAUUACUAGUGAAAGGAUAAUUAUAAAUAAUGGGAUAAAACGAAAUGAUUUAGGCCGAAUGAAUCAAACCUGCAUCCAUUGUGAUGCUAAGUUUUGGAUAGAGGAAAAGAAUCGGAAUAGCUCUUUUGCAUAUCCUACAUUUUUGACUUGCUAUGCACACGGUAAAGUUCGUUUGCCACGUUUGGUUGAACCCCCUCCUUAUUUGUUGAAUUUGUAUACUUCGUCGAACUUUGAUGCAAUCUCUUUCUGGAAAAACAUUAGACGUUAUAAUAAUAUUUUAGUGUGUACAUCGUUUGGUGCUAAUAUAAAUACAAUUCCAGGACAAGGCAUUUCUGACUUCCGUAUUCAUGGCCAAGUUUAUCAUCGUAUCGGUUCGUUGCUACCAGAAGAAGGUUCUCAACCAGCAUUUGCGUAA